UUUUCCCACCAUAUAAAUGACCACAAAAGUAAAAGUCAGCUGUAGAGAGAUAGCAUACUUAAGAAUAGAAAUUUCCCUAGAAAUAUAUACACAGUAGCAUCCGCGUGACAGCACAUCCUUCUUUAUCGCACCAUAAAUUCUUUCUUGCAAAGUUGAAAACGGAUAUUAUUUUGGUGACAUUCAAAUCUGUUAUUGAAUACAUAGAAUAAGUUAAUAAAUUGAAUAGUAUACUAAUAGAAUAUUUAUAGAUAUGUAUUAAAUAAUGUUGAAAGUUUUUCGCUACGUAAAUUUCUCUACUUCAAAUCAGUUUAUAAGAGGUCAAAACACUUGGCACAAAGUCAUAAUGAAAGAUGAACUGAUCCCACCAAGCAGACCUGAUCCAGUAAUUAAAAAAUUAGACAACCCUAUAUUUCAUUCUUUAUUUACACCUGAGCUUAAUAUCUUGGCAGAGUUAUUUAAAAAACGUAAUUAUGAAUUAAGGAUUGCUGGUGGUGCCGUCAGAGAUAUUUUGAUGGGUAUAAAACCGGCGGAUUUAGAUUUUGCAACAGAUGCUACUCCACAAGAAAUGAAACGUAUGUUUGAAGAAGAAAGUGUUAGAGUGCUUAAUACCAAUGGAGAAAAACAUGGUACAAUUACAUCAAGAAUAAAUGAUAAAGAAAAUUUUGAAAUAACCACACUCAGAAUUGACAAAGAAACUAAUGGUAGACACGCCCAAGUUGAAUUUACAAAAAACUGGAAAUUAGAUGCUCUUCGUAGAGAUCUUACAAUAAAUUCUAUGUUCCUUGAUCUUGAGGGAAAAAUUUAUGAUUAUUUUUUUGGUUAUGAUGAUUUGCAGAAGAGGAAAAUUGUUUUUGUUGGAAAUGCAUCACAAAGGAUUAAAGAAGAUUAUGUUAGAAUAUUAAGGUAUUUUCGAUUUUAUGGAAGGAUAGCAGAACAACCAGAUUUACAUGAUGAAGAAACAAUAACAGCAAUCAAAGAAAAUAUACAUGGUUUACAAGAUAUAUCUGGUGAAAGAAUUUGGAAUGAAUGGUCUAAAAUUCUUACUGGAAAUUAUGUAAAAGAGCUAACUUUAAAGAUGUUAGAAUGUGGUAUUGCUAGGUAUGUUGGUCUUCCAGAAGAUCCAAAUAUAAAAAAUUUUGAAGAUGUUUGUGAAGCAUCUAAGAAAAACAAUAUUGUUUUACGACCUAUUACUUUUCUUGCUAUGAUGUUAAGAAAUCAAAAUGAAGUAAUUCAACUACAUAACAGACUAAAGCUUUCUGCAUUUGAAAGGGACUUAGCAUUCUUUCUAGUUCGGUUUUGGGAAGAAAAUCCAUCAGUAGAUGCUUUGAAGUUUUAUAAAAAGAUUCUUGUUCAUUGGAAAGGCAAUAUUCGUAAUGGAAGAAGUUAUAUCUGUGAAUUACUUUUAUGCAAGCAGCAAUAUAAUCUUGCUAAAGAACUGGAAAAUACAGUAAUACCUAGAUUUCCAGUUAGUGGAGAUAAAUUGAAAGAACAUGUUAAAACAGCAAGGACAAUAGGAAUCAUUAUUAAAGAGUUGAAAAAUAUUUGGUUGGAUAAAAAUUUCAAAAUGACCGCAGAAGAAUUACUUCAAGAAGUACCCAGAAUUGUUAGCGAAUUAGAAGAUAAAUGUUGCUAUAAAAAAAAUUAAAAAUUAUUAAUUGUAGAAACAAAAUAUAUAUUAAAAUUGUAUGGUAUUUUCACUGCA